CCGCUUCCCGACCUCGACCCCAGCGAGAAUGAUCCCCUUCGCCCUCAAGGCCGUCUGGUUUGGGUUAUCCUUCUCGGGCAUGAUUGCCUGCUGGAUAGUCCUGAUCCUUUUCUCAAAGGUGCUCAACAGCUGGUGGGUACUCAUGAUGUAUUGCGUGCACACCACUAUCCUUGAGAGCGCCUUCUGCCUCGGCAUGAUAUAUCGAAUGGAUCCAUCCCGAAUGCCGAAGUUGUUUUGUAUCGUCCAGACGCUUCUCAUUUACCACAGCGCGUAUGCACUAGCUGGAGUAUGUGCCGUUUUCACUGUCGCUACUACUUGCUCCGUCAUUUGGCCAAUGCGAUGGACUCGAAAGAAGUCGAUAUUGACUUGGCGCUGGUUUUAUCUCUUCCCGACGGUUCUUUUUCCGCUUGGCGCUCUUGCAAUUGCCAUUCCCAUCUUGCUCAAGGCAGACGCAAUUCAACCCACCGGAGAUGACAUGCACUGUGAUGCCAACAGCCCCGAGUGGGGUAGAUUCCUUGGCUACGCUGGAAUAACCCUCGUCGUCUCCAUGCCUUGUUUCUUCUUAUCCGGCGCUGCAGUAAUCCGCGUCUGGCGUGUGCAUAUGCAACGGAAGAAGUUGAACCCCACGAUCGAGCUCACUCAAGCGUUUUCACCUGUCGAUUCUUCUCCUCAUCCUACCCAGCCCUCACACAUAAGCCAAAGAAGUGGAAGCUUCAACUUUGGGACAGCCAUCACGACGAGCAACGGCCGCAACCAUACAACACGCUCCGAACGCGCCAACUUCAAGGAACGCGCGUCAAGCCCGCACCUGUACGACAUGUCGGACACCGAGUGCAUAGACGUGGCGGACGACGUCACCCUCGAUCGUUAUCUCUUGGAGAAUCCGAAAGAUCUCGAGAGCGCUGCUCAGGACGACUCAGACAGCAGGAUUUCGAAACCGGGACCGAGGGACUCAUGGUCGGCCGACCUAAAUGACGCCCUACCGCACAUGGACGACGCAUACGAGCCUAAGCGCUCGCGUUCACAUUCACAAUCUCACUCGAAGACCCAGUCACGUUCCACGCUACGGACGCCUGUAUUCUCCCCUCCAACGCCAGUAGGAUCAACGCCUACAGAUGGACCCCCCAGCUCGGCGAGUCCAACAACUUCGGUGAAAAAGCAUCUCCUUUCCUUUGUCGGGGUUCGGUCCCAGGAUGGCCAAAAGACAAAGCAGGUGUCUAGUAUGGUGGCUUCCCAGCGUACCCGAAGUCUGACGCCGGCGAUCUGGCGGUUGUUACUUUUCCAAGUGGCGUUUUUUACCAUCCAGACGUUGGCUGCGCUCUCUACCAUUGUAGAUGUCGCACGACGGAAGCCGACGCCUACACCGUUUGGCACUCAGCACGUCGCUUUGAUUCUCGCUGGAUGGGGUCCAGCUAUUGUCUUUGGACAUCUUCCUUCUAUUCGCGAACAACUCCUCACGUGGAGACGGUGAUACCAAGCACGUCCGCCCCUUCGUUCUCUUGUUCUCGUCAUCAACAACGACCUCUCCAUCCGCACAUUGUGUUACUUUUGGCGUAUAGUCAGACCUCAAGAUGAUGAUUCAGUGAAUGCAGACUUCAAUCGUGUCCUGUCAUAAACAACGGCGCAGCCUUUACUUCCCCUACUCUUUGUCUCCACAUCGAACCACCUUCC